CAGCUUGUCUAGAGUGACCUUGUUCAGUGACAGCAACCCACCCACACAAGCUGUCAGUGCUAGGAAACCGAAACAACAUCGCUGCUCCGAGCUAGUGUGAGAUAAAAUUGUUAAUUUUGCACGGCAGCAACGUUUCCCUGGCCAAACAGCUCCCGUCCACAGCAAAACAGACAGCAAUGGACGACAAAUGAGCAUCAAAAGGACGGUUUCUAUUGUGCGCUAACAGAACAAUCAGCAACAUCAGAAAGCACCAUCCCACUGCCUAGAGCAGUGCAUCGUCGUCCCCUUCUUCCGCCUCUACGAGAGUGCUGGCAGCAUCGGAACGUACCAGAAACAGGACCGUCGGACGAAACAGCCAUGGACGAAGUGCAAACCAUCGAGGCAGCCGUCCUGUCCUUCUAUCGGGGCGGGUCGGAGCAGCAGAAGGAGACGCACAAAUGGCUGCAGCAGGUACAGAACAGCCCGCAGGCUUGGUCCUUCUGCUGGGAGCUGAUGCAGCUGAACAAAUCGUCCGAGAUACAGUUUUUCGGUGCAAUCACGCUUAACUCGAAGCUGCGCAGCGAUUGGGCCGAGGUGCCGAAGGAGGCCCACCACGAGCUGAAGCAGAAGCUGCUCGAAACGAUCGUACUGUUUGGGAAUGGGCCGAAAAUUGUGCUUAACAGACUGUGUAUUUCGCUGGGUCUCUUUAUCGUACACAUGCUACGGCACCCGACCGUGAUCGAAGAGGUGACCAACAUGUUCCUGCACGAGCAGCUCGGUAACCUGUCCAAGGUGACACAGAUCGAGAUACUGAUGGCCGUCCUGGAGGGCAUCCCGGAGGAGGUGAAAAACAUACGCACACAGAUCCCGCGCACGGUGGUGUGCGAGGAGCUGAACCGGAACGCGGAGUUCGUGAUGCAAACCGUCGUUACGUACCUGAACGAGAAGCUUAGCCACAGCGCGGUCGAGCCGCAUGACAUGAACGGGCUGAUCAAUGCGGCCAAGUGUACCGGCACGUGGGUUGCGCACGGCAAUGUGCAUCUGAACGAUCGCGAGGGUAUGAUACAAACGCUGCUCAAAGCGAUCCACUACUGCUACUGGAAGGAGCCGAAGGACGACGGUUGUCUAAUGCCGGAAGAGAAUGAGCUUGCAGAAACGGCACUUAAGUCGCUAGCGAACAUAAUCUCGUCGUACGCGACGCAAAAUGCGAAAUAUUCGUUCACCGUCAUCAACUACAUGAAGCUGUUCCUGGACGUGCUCGUACCGAUCCUGGACGCGGAGUACAAGGAGAACAACGACAACGAGAACCUGGCGCUGAUGAUUUACGCCCUGUUCAUCUCCACCCUCGAGUGCUUCUCGUCGGCCAUCUUUGCCGGCAUCGUUACCGACUCGGAGGAGGUGUCGAAGGUGUACACGCGCACGGUCGACAUGCUGAUCAAGUGCACGGACAAGCCGGGCACCUACCCGGUGGACGAAUCGUGCAGCACGUACGCGAUGGAGUUCUGGUACAUGCUACAGGAGGAGGUCCUCUCGAUGGACAGCGGCGAGCACAAGAAGCGCUGCCUCGAAGCCAUCAAGCCCGUCUACGCGCACGUGGUGAAGGUGCUGGUGCGGAAAUCGCAGCUGCCCACCGAAUCCUCCCUGCACAAGUGGAACGAUGACGAUCUGGAGGCGUUCCGGUGCUAUCGGCAGGACAUUGGCGAUACGCUGCUCUCCUGCCACGACGUGCUGAACGAUCUGAUGCUCGACGUGCUGUCGGAGGCGCUGGACGAAUCGAUCAUGUACCUCAGCUACGAUCCACAGUCGACGGAAAGCUGGACACUGCUCGAAGCGACCAUACACGCGUUCUGCUCGAUCGCGCAGAAGAUCGAGUACACCGAGCACCAGCAGAUCGUGAAGCUGCUCAAGGUGCUGAACGAAAUCCCGUACGAGAAGUACAGCGACAAGCUGUUCGGCAUGGCGCUGGAAACGGUCGGUGCGUACAGCGAGUGGAUCGGGGACAACCCCAAGUACCUGCCGUCCGCCAUCACGCUGCUGGUGAAGGGUCUGAACUCCACCAAAGCGUCCCAGGCCACGCUCGGGCUGAAGGACCUGACCUCGGAGUGCCAGAAGGAGGUAAUACCGUACGCGCUGCCGCUGCUGGACGCUUGCCGCACGGCACUGCAGGAAGGCCAUCUGAAGAAUGCGGAGAUGAUCCGGCUCAUGUACACCGUCGGCAACAUACUGAGCGUCAUCUCGUACGAAAACAUCAUCCUCUACCUGGAUGCGAUGGUUUCGCCCUGCUUCGAGGAGCUGCAGGUGCACGUGCAGAACAACGACCGGACCGAACCGACCAAGGCGCGGGUCGUGCUGCGGCUCGAAAUGAUCUCGAAGCUGUUCUCCUCGCUGAACAUUCGCAAACCGACCGAGGGUGACAUGGACAAGGGGCUGGUGGUGGGCGUGGGACCGCACAAGCUGCCCUUUCCGGCCGGUGGAACGCCGGCACCGGGCGCUCCGGUACAGCCGAUCCUGCUCAUACUGGAGAAAACGAUGGGCCUGCUGAAGAGUUUGUGCACGCUGUGGAUUCACGACGAGACGGUUAUCGACACGCUGUGCAAAGCGCUGCAGCAGGCGCUGACCAAUCUGAUGGAUGACAUUAAACCGCUGCUCACUGAGAUGUGCUGUCUGGUGCUGUCCAUCCUGAACACGAACUGCGUCGUCUCGGCGGCGGAUAUUGCAGGAAAUUUCAUCCUGAUGUUUUACAAAGAUCAAGACUGUCGGCAGCUCAUGGUGCAAUUGUUUACUGCCAUCAUGGACUACAACUUUAACCAGAUGGAGCUAAAUGUGGGUAAACUGUCCCGGAUAGCGGAUCUGAUUGAAACGUUCUACGCGUUCAACACGAGAAUAUCGAAAAAGAUACCCAUCUGCUACAGCGAGGUACAGAUAGACUGUAUGAAGUUGGUGGAUUACGCCACCAAGUGUAUGAUGUUACCAGAGACGGGCCCGAUGAAGAAGAGCGUGGCGUUCAUCACGAUGUUCGUAAAGGAAUCGACCAACCACCCCGUCAUGAUGAACGUGAUACUGGCGCAGGGCGAAAACAUUGUCCGAUCUACCUUCCUGUGUAUUGGUGGUACAGCCCUUCGCACGCAGGUGGAAAUUUUUGCCGACAUUUUCCUUGCCCUCAACUUCCGCUAUCCGGCCGAAUUCAUCCAGUGGAUGAAGCUGCUGGAGGUACCGAACUUCCCGACCGCGUACGUCAGCGCCACCGAUAAGGAGCAGUUUAUGCGCAAAAUUAUCAACGAAAUGAACACUCUUUUCUCCAGGGAGCGGGUCAACAAGCGGCUGGUGCAGGACCAUGUGCGAAAGUUUGCCGCGCUCUGCAGGAACAUUGUCGAGUAUGAGAACAAAUAAGCGCAAAAUGUUGCAAAAAACACUUAUAACACAGGAGCAGCAGCCACUCAGUCAGUCAGUGUGAGAUUGUGUGAACAGGAAAUACUUUCAAUCUAACCAAUGUGAUUUUUAGCCUGUAGUAAAACAAAAAAUAAGGAAAAUAACCAUUACUACUAUGUUGUGUACAAAAGCGAACGUUCGGUUCGCACUCCCACGAUGGACAACAAUCCGGCCCGAUUGAGUAAAGAAAAAAGAAAACCGGAAAAUAACCGGUGCGAACGAUAAUGGUGUGCCAAUGAAGGAUAGCUGGAGACACCCGCGGAAAAGCCGAUUACUUCCCAUCACACGCAGUAGUGUGUGUGUGUCCCAACACCACCACCACCUUAUCACAACAAAAAACUGAUAAAUGUCUGCCUAGCGUGUUUCUCUUCUUAGGAUGCGAAAAUAAAAAUGAUGCGACAUUGAUUCUAUUUUA